AUGGAGGAGACAAAAGUUAUUUAUUACAUAGACGACGAGGAGACGCCGUAUUUAGUGAAAAUACCAAUAUCACCCGAGAAAGUGACACUGUUGGACUUUAAGAACCAAUUGAACAGACCGAACUACAAGUUUUUUUUCAAAUCUAUGGACGAUGAUUUUGGUGUUGUAAAAGAGGAGAUCGUGGAUGAUAGCGCGCAUCUACCGUGUUUUAAUGGUCGUGUUGUGUCUUGGUUAGUGUCCGCGGAGGGCUCCAACCCGUCGGACGGAGCUUCGCAGUGUACUGAUAGCAAUGCUGGUAAGGCCAAGCAAAACAUACAUGGAGCACCAACUGUUCCGAUCACGAGGGACACGUGCACCGAUACAGACAGCACCAUCAGCUCCCGACCCGGUCAUAGAUCAUCAUGUGACAAAUACAAGUACAGAGGCCUCAGAAUCAAUGGCCACUCCAAAUACGGUAACCACGGGCUGGAAUACGAAACAGCUUCUGUUCUAAGCUCUGAUCUCGACUCGACGAGUCUAUUCGACAGUCAGUCGGAGAUAACAACCACAACUGGCAGGCAUACCAACGCCUCAGUGGACCGCGCGCUCACUGAAUGCAGCAGCGUCUCACAUUUACAAGUUAGUUCGCGCAAACGGCCCCAACGAAGGCGUAAGAGACCUCAGGUCAUGUCAAGAACGUCUUCCUACUCCUCGAUAACAGAUUCCACUAUGUCCAUGCACAUAAUAACGGUGACACUUAAUAUGGACACAGUCAACUUCCUCGGUAUAUCGAUAGUGGGGCAGUCAAAUAAAGGUGGUGACGGUGGGAUAUAUGUGGGGAGCAUAAUGAAAGGUGGUGCCGUGGCUUUGGACGGCAGGAUUGAGCCCGGAGAUAUGAUACUACAGGUGAAUGACGUGAAUUUCGAAGACAUGACCAAUGAUGAGGCUGUCAGGGUUCUCCGGGAGGUUGUCCAGAAGCCUGGCCCCAUCAAGCUGGUGGUGGCCAAGUGUUGGGACCCAAACCCUAAGGGAUACUUCACUAUACCACGGACUGAACCCGUACGACCUAUAGAUCCAGGUGCAUGGGUGGCCCACACGCAAGCCCUACGCGAGGCCUACCCCCCUCCCCCCCUGUCGUCGGUCCCGGCCAGCCUCCCGGAGAGGGCCUCCGACACAGGGUCGCUAGCGGAGCCCCAGCUGUCCGUAGGAAUGGACAUGGCCCUCGUAGUUAGGGCUAUGCUGAGGCCGGAUUCUGGUCUGGAGAUCCGUGACCGCAUGUGGCUUAAGAUCACGAUCCCCAACGCGUUCAUAGGGGCGGACGUGGUGGAGUGGAUACAGCAGAGGGUGGCGGGCGCCGCGGACAGGAGGGACGCGAGGAAGUACGCCUCGCACAUGCUCAAGGCCGGUUUCAUCCGUCACACCGUGAACAAGAUAACCUUCUCCGAGCAAUGUUACUACGUGGCCGGGGAGCUGUGUGCGGACAUGGCAGCCCUCAGGAUACGGAGCGCUGAUCAGGACAGCUUGGCUUCAGACACACUGGCGCCUCUACCGAACCCUAACAUGAUGGGUCCGGGCUACAUGCCGUACGCUGGCUCCUACGGCUACCAGCCAAUACCAUUCAAGUACAGCUCGUGUUUGACCAGCGAGCACACCGUGUAUGGCUACAACCGUGAGGAGAGCGUGUUAUCCGGCAGCGGUGGGUCCAGUGCGGGCUCCGACCAUCUGACUACCAAGGAACCACCGGGUCCAAACCGUGAGAACGAGGUGAAGUCAACUUCAAGCGGUUCAGGAGCGAGCGCGGCGGCGGAGGGCGGGGGCGGAGGCACCAGGAGGUCCCACUCACACUCCAGCGGCUCGGAGAGGGCCAACGACAGGCCCGUGCUCUUCCUGUAG